AUGGCGAACAUUCUUACCUCCAUUAUUACAGUUGUUCUGUUCUGGGGAUUGGCAGUUGGUACUAGAACAAAGCUAUUCUCUGUCGAAGACAGCGUGGUUUCGGCAAUGGCUCCAUCCGGUAGCGAUGGUAUCUGUGCAUCAAUGGUUGUAUCACAAGGCUACCCUUGUGAAGAACAUACAGUAACAACACAAGAUGGCUACAUGCUCGGUAUACAGAGAAUUCCAGCUGGGAAGUCCAGGGAGACUUCCGGGAACAAGGUGCCGGUUCUUCUACAACAUGGACUUCUUAUGGAUGGGAUAACAUGGCUGCUACUACCUCCAGACCAAUCUUUGGCAUUCAUCUUGGCAGAUAAUGGGUAUGAAGUGUGGAUUGCCAAUACCCGUGGAACCAAAUAUAGCCUUGGACAUACAUCACUCACCCCAGAUGAUCCGGCUUAUUGGGAGUGGUCAUGGGAUGAACUGGUCGCUUAUGACCUCCCGGCCGCAUACCAAUAUGUGUAUGAUCAAGCAGGACAGAAGCUUCACUAUGUUGGACAUUCACUGGGAACUUUGAUUGCUCUUGGUGCUUUUUCGGAAGACCAGCUAGUUAACAUGUUGAGAUCAGCUGUCUUACUUAGCCCAAUUGCUCAUGUUGGUCAGAUAACCUCGCCCCUUGCGAAAACUGCUAUUGAAUACUUCAUUGCUGAGGAUUUGUACAAAGCAGGUUAUAGAGAAUUUGAUCCAAAAGGACCAUUGGUAGUCCAAGUUCUUAAGCAAAUCUGUUCGAAACCAGGCGUUGACUGCACAGACUUGUUGACCUCUUUCACAGGCAAGAAUUGCUGCUUAAAUUCAUCCAUAGUGGACAUUUUUCUAGACCACGAGCCUCAGGCAACUUCAAUAAAAAACAUGAUCCACAUCUCUCAGAUGGUAAGAGACGGAAAAGUUGCGAUGUUCGACUACAAUGACAAGGAGGAGAAUCAACAACACUACGGUCAGGACACUCCUCCAGAGUACAAAAUGGCAAGCAUUCCACAUGACGUUCCUCUAUUCCUCAGUUAUGGAGGGGCAGAUGCACUUUCUGAUGUCCAAGAUGUGCAGCUAUUGCUCAACAGCCUCAAAGAUCAUGAUGGAGAUAAGCUUGUGGUUCAGUACAGAGAUGAUUACGCUCAUGCAGAUUUUGUAAUGGGUGAAAAUGCUAAGCAAGAUGUGUAUGAUCCUCUCAUGGGUUUCUUUAAACUUCAAUGA